AUGCUGCCCAACGGCAAUAUGUAUUUGGAUGGCGACUCUGCCUUGUCUUUUUACGAAAUUCUCGAGUCUUCAUUUGAAGAGUCCACUGCCACCACUCCCAUUUUCUUCAUCUUGUCUCCAGGAGCAGACCCCGUCAAGGAAGUCGAGGCACUCGGAAGAAAACUAGGCUACACCCCGCAUUUCAACCUACAUAACGUGGCAUUGGGACAGGGCCAAGAUGUGGUGGCGAUGCAAAAGCUGGACUUGGCUCACAAAGAAGGACAUUGGGUAUUAUUGCAAAACAUUCAUUUGAUGCCUCGUUGGACAGUGGAGUUGGAGAAAAAGCUGGAUGCCUUCUCAUCCGAAGGGCCUCAUCCUAAUUUCCGUUGUUUCCUUUCUUCCGAGCUGUGCGACUAUAUACCUGUGGGCAUCUUGGACCGUUCUAUCAAACUCACAAAUGAACCCCCUCAAGGACUUCAGGCCAACUUAAAAAGAGCGUUUGCUUGCUUCCCUAAGGACGACUUUGAUGAAAAAGACCAAAAG